AUAACCACCCCACUAUAUUUCUUCAUUCUACACUCUCAUUACUAAAACAGAGUAAACUUAGCUUACUCACUUAAUUCUUUAGCAUAAUUCAACUCUAAUCAUCAUCAAAAUGGAGCAAUGCAGCCCCCCUUUUGGUUGGAUUUACUACAAUGAAGAUGAGAUAAUGAUGAGUGAAAUGAGACAAUACAUAUUACAAUCAAGAAUGGAAUUAGAAGCAACAUUAAUAGCUGCCCAAGAAGAAAUCAUGAAGAAAGAAGAAGAAGUAAUGAACAUCAAAGAUCUUUUGAUCAUAACAAUCAAAGAAAGAGAUGAAGCUCAAUCUAAACUCCAAAAUCUAAUCAUGGAAAACCUUAUUCUUCAACACAAAUUACAAACACUUCCAGAAAAACCUUCUUCUUUGUCUAAUACUACAUCUUCUGAGAGUGAAGAAAGCAGUAUGAUCUCAUCCCCACCAUUGCCAAUGCCGGCUAAUAGCCGCCCAUUGCCGGAAAAAGGGAAGCUCUUGAAGGCGGUCAUGGAGGCGGGCCCACUUUUACAAACACUCCUCUUGGCGGGCCCACUUCCUCAGUGGCAACACCCACCACCACAGCUUGAAUCUGUUGAAAUCCCACCUGUGAAUGUUAAUUCUAAGAAAAGGGGAUUGAAUGAUUUUGACUGUUCAAUCAUUUCUUCUCCAAAGUACCAAAGAGUGGUUUAGUAGUUUUGACUUUACUUCUUCUUCCGGUCUGAAAUACUCGCAUCUGGUUGUGAUAUAUUGUUUGGAAAAAUAUCACUAUCAGUAGCAAGUACGAUGGAUAGUAGGUACAUAUGCAUAAUAGGUGUGUUUGACUAAUGAUUGCUGGUUGUUAACAUUUUUAAUUGGUUUGUAUGACCAGUUAAAAAUAUUAACUGUUUUUGUUGGAUUUUAAACUAGUCAUUAAAAUUAGGAUGAGGUUGCAGAAUGCCUUUUAGGUAAGAAUUAAGUGAGAAUCGAACAUCUGUUAACUAAAGUUAUCAUGAUUGUUGGGAGGUGGUUUUGUAGUAUUGACUUUACUAUAAUUAGAAGGUAGAUAGAGUAAUGCUUGCCAAAGUUUGAUUAGUUUUAGAAUCCAAAUCCAUCCUAUAUUUUUAUCUUCAUGCUAGUUAACAUGUAAAGAGAGACUAGUAUUGAAAAUGGAUGGUUACCCUUUACCUUACUAACCUAUCACAUUUAGUUGGGUUAGUUUUGGUUAUUGUAAAAUAUAGUUUGUCUUAGGCAAAAUUAGCAGCAACAUAUCCUAACUUCUCCCUUGAAAGGGAAAGAAAGGAGAAUUAUAUUAUUAUUACACUAAAGUCUUACAAAAUCAUCUAUAUUGUUUGGUGGUGAUGGUGGUGACUUCUACCUUCUCAAUUUUAUGAUUUUUUUUUUUUAAUUUUGGUUAAUUUUAUGUAAUAUUCUUGAUUCUCCCAUUCAAAGGAGAUAUGGGAUGGGUCCAUCUUGGAUUUAUGACCAAGAUAUGGCUUUUGGCUACUUUUUUUUAAUUUAUUUUUUUUUAUUGUUUUUCAAUUUUUAAUUGUAUGUAAUGUUUAAUGUAUGGUCAUUAUGUCAAACACAUAGUGAUCUAAAAUGAUUUGAUGUUUUAAUGAGAAGAAUCAACAAAAAAAGAUUUUCAUCUAA